AUGUCCACGGAUAAUCAAGAACCCGCAGGCGGCGAUGUCGACCGCGGCCCUCAAGCCUUGAUCCUGCUCUGGGUCACGGCCAGUAUUGCCAUUGUCAUCGUUGCCCUUCGGCUGCUGGGAAGACGGAUGCGGAAAUCGAUAGGAUGGGACGACUGGACGAUGCUCUUCACUCUUGUGCUAUACGUCGCAUAUGCAGGCACCCUCACCAGGUUGAUUGGCAUCGGCGGCAUGCGGCACCUGUCAUAUCUCUCGCCGGAGCAGAGGGUGCAGGCCGGGAAAUGGAGCUGGGUGUCGCAACCCUUUGUCGUCAUGGGAUUUGCCACGGGCAAGAUCUCGGUCGGUCUCCUGCUGCUACGGGUCGUCUGGGAGACGGCACACUGGCGCAAGCGCAUCGUCAUCUUCGCCAUCACCUCGGCACUCGUCAUCACCGUCAUCAACAUCGUCCUCACCUUUGUCCAGUGCUCUCCCGUCGAGGCCCUCUGGAAUCCGGCCCUGGUGGCGCAGGCAAAGGCAAAGUGCUGGCCGCCCUCUGUCCAGACCGACUUUGCCAUCUUCCUCUCCAGCUGGAAUAUCCUCACCGACGUCUUCUUGGCCGUGCUGCCGGUGACCUUCAUGUACAACCUAAAGCUGUCCUGGAGGAAGAAAAUCGGCUUAUGCGCGCUCCUGGGGCUGUCCUUUACCGCUGCCAUCUUUGCGACGGUCAAGACCAAAUACCUGACGUCCCUGGGCGGACGAUCUGACAUUACAUGGGACACAUUCAACCUCUACGUCUGGUCCGCGUCUGAGCUGUUUGUCAUCAUUGUCUGCGGCAGCGUGCCCCCCAUCAAGCCCGUCUACGACUACAUUGUCGGCAACCCGCCAAACAGCAGUGCAUAUGCAAACUACGGCAGCGGCAGUUACCCGCACAACUCGGGCAACUCGAGAGCCUCCAGGAACAGUCGUCGGUCCGAUCCUUUCAAGAGCCGAGAAGAUGAGCUCGAGCUCUAUCCCCCCGACACCGGCAGCAAGGCGCCCUCGCCAUAUCCUAGCUCACACGACGUGGGCCGGUCCUAG